AUGACUGAACUAGCAUUGGGCUACAAAUUCCAGUUCUACCAGCAUUACUUCUGUGUGUUGUUGAGUGGCUACAAGGUCUCCCGCCAGCAGGAAUGCCCUUACGAUGCUUUUGUGAUCUACUCCAGCAAGGAUGAGGCCUGUGUGAUGGAGUAACUGGUGGAGAACCUUGAGAACACCAUUGCUCCCAUUCAACUGUGCCUCCACGAGCGGGACUUUGAAGUGGGCAAGUCCACCACCUCCAACAUCAUAGACGAGGGCGUUAUGGGUAGCCGCAAGGUCAUCAUGGAAGUGUCACGCCACUUCAUCAACAGCACAUGGUGUCGCUUUGAGUUUGAGGUGGCUCAGUCCUGGCUAGUGCUGAAGGGCAACCCUAUCAUCACCAUCAUCAUCAUCAUACUGGAGGAUGUGGAGAAGAGGACCAAGAAAAUGUUUAGGCUCCACAAAUACUUGAAGAGGAUCACUUACCUGAAAUGGAGGGACAACCCCAUCAGCAGCAUGAGAUUCUGGAGUCACCACAGGAAGGCUGUCAUCUCAAAGACACGAUAA